CCGCCCCCGUGAGCAGAGGAGGGAGAGGGCGGUGAGUGAGUGAGUGAUGGGGGAGAGGAGAGCCCAGCACUAGCCCUCGGGGCCGGAUGAGUGGAGCCCGGGUGUCCCGGCGGUGGCGGGGCAGGAGGAGGGGGCGAAGGAGGUGGUGGCGGCGCUGAGGGGGCAGCGGGGUUGGAGCCCUGAUCAUGGAGAUCGAGAACAUCGUGGCCAACACGGUACUGCUGAAAGCCAGGGAAGGAGGGUGUGGCAAAUGGAAUGGACGCAGUAAGAAAUGGAAGGAGAUGCUAAAGUUACCACAUCUCAGUUCUUGUGAAGAUCUUAGACAUUCAAUCGAAAAAAACUAUAACCAGCUCUGUGACAAGCAGCCAAUAGGGAGACUUCUCUUCAGACAGUUCUGUGACACUAGGCCAGAUCUGAAGACAUGCAUUGAAUUCCUGGAUGCGGUGGCCGAGUAUGAAGUGUCUUCAGAUGAAAAGCGUAAAGAUUGUGGUCUGAAAGUUUUAGACACAUACUUCACUAACGGGUCUGCAGCCCACUUACCGGAAAUACCUCAGGAUGCAGUGAAUGAAUGUAAAACAAGACUGGAGCAGAACCCUUGCAAAGAUCUUUUUAAUGACUGCACUAGGGUUGUCCAAGAUUAUUUAAGUGGAGCACCAUUUGAAGCUUACCAACAAAGCAUCUAUUUCUCCCAUUUUUUACAGUGGAAAUGGUUGGAAAGGCAACCAGUAACCAAGAACACAUUUAGACAUUACCGAGUACUAGGCAAAGGAGGAUUUGGAGAGGUAUGUGCUUGCCAAGUGCGGGCAACAGGAAAAAUGUAUGCUUGUAAAAAGCUAGAAAAAAAGAGAAUAAAGAAGAGAAAAGGAGAAUCGAUGGCAUUAAAUGAAAAAAGAAUUUUAGAAAAAGUGAAUAGUAGAUUUGUAGUUAGUUUAUCCUACACCUAUGAGACUAAAGAUGCCCUUUGUUUAGUAUUAACCAUUAUGAAUGGAGGGGAUUUGAAGUUUCACAUUUACAACAUGGGAAAUCCUGGCUUUGAUGAAGAAAGGGCUGUUUUCUAUGCUGCAGAGCUCUGCUGCGGCUUGGAGGACUUGCACAGAGAGAGAAUUGUUUAUAGAGACUUGAAGCCUGAAAAUAUUCUCCUUGAUGACCGUGGACACAUCAGGAUUUCAGAUCUUGGAUUAGCUGUGCAGAUCCCAGAAAGAGAGAAAGUCCGAGGGCGAGUUGGAACAGUUGGAUACAUGGCUCCAGAAAUCCUCAACAAUGAAGGCUAUACAUUCAGCCCUGACUGGUGGGGGCUUGGCUGCCUAAUUUAUGAAAUGAUUCAGGGACAAUCACCAUUCAGGAAGCGUAAGGAAAAGGUCAAACUGAAUGAGAUAGACCGAAGAGUGAAGGAAGACCAGGAAGUGUACUCGGACAAAUUCUCAGAGGAGGCAAAAUCCAUCUGCAGGAUGUUACUUGCCAAAGAUCCAAAGGAACGAUUGGGGUGCACUGGAGACGGACCUGCUGCUGUAAAGCAGCAUCCCAUUUUCAAGAAUAUUAACUUCAAGAGAUUGGAAGCAAACAUGUUAGAACCUCCGUUUUUACCAGAUCCACGUGCAGUGUAUUGUAAGGAUGUCUUGGAUAUAGAGCAAUUCUCCACAGUAAAAGGAGUGAACCUGGAUAGUACAGAUGAUGAUUUCUAUUCCAAAUUUGUUACAGGUUGUGUCUCAAUCCCUUGGCAAAAUGAGAUGAUUGAAACAGAAUGCUUUCAAGAGCUCAAUAUAUAUGAAACUGAUGUCACCUUCUCAACAGACCUAGAUACAAGCAAAGAUACUCCUAGACCAAAGAGAGGCUUCUUUCACAGACUCUUCAGGAGAGGGGUCUGUUUUAAAUCUGGUUACAUUGAUGAUGAAGAGGAGUCCUCUAGACUCUAAAUCAGAUAAUUAUAGCCCAAAAAUAAAAGGAUGAAUGAACUCUGAAUAUUUUUAUCUAUGUAAAGUGUAUUAGAAAUUUAAAAAAUUAUGUAUGGGCUUUCAGAUAUUGUAUAUUUGUACUUUAGUUUAAAGUGUUAAGAUGUAUAUUUUCACUAAAUCUUUAUUGUACAAAAGCCAUGAGUGCCACUUAAGUGUAAGUGUGUGAUAUAUUAUAUAUUUUAACUGGAAUAAAUCUGGAAUUACUUAAGGGUUUUAAAGUACAGAAACUUAUGCUAUCUGUGAUAUGGAUGUUACUUGGCUUUGGGGAUGAUUUUGUUGUUGUUCCUGGCAACUCUACUGAACGGCACUGUUUCUUAUUCCUCAGAAUAUUAUUUAGAUUUGUUCUCAACAGUAGACUUGUUAUACUGAUUAGUAUUAAUAUUUCUGGUGUUAAUAACACUUCAUUUCUGUUUACUGUCAGAUUGCACCCUAAUGUAGUUCCCAAGUCAUUUAAAAUGAAACUGUAAGAAAAGAAGGAAUGAGUUCAGUGCACUGUGACCGGUUUCUGUAAAAUACUUUUUACAAGUUUGGAUUUAAAGACUGUUUGUUUGUCUCAAGUAGUUCUUGUUUUGUAUAUUGUGUAUAAUAUGUAUUGCCUUGUUUUUGCAACAAACGUAAUUUCUCCAAACUUGGAUAUCAGAGACAGUAAUAGAUUUCUGACUCUGUGUGUGUGUGUGUGUAUAUAUUCUCCGAUUUAUCAGAAAGAUAAAUCAUUUCUCUGUAUCUUUUUAGAAUAAUUGCCUUUCUAUUCAUAUCUUUGUUAGGAGUGAACAUAACAGGAAUUCCAGAUUUUUUUAGAAGUAGUAAUUUAUGGUUUUGGUCUAUAGCUUUCCCCUUCCCAACUUUAGAUAUAGCUUAUCUGAGUAAGGCCUUUGUCUACACUGGAAUCAGAACCAUUGACUAUGUUUUGAAUAUUUCAUGGUUAUUGCUAACAGGAUUUCCCUAACCACUGUGGACAGAACUUUUUUCCCUGAGAUUGUUAGCCAACUCCAUGCUAUAGGCUUUCAUUUAUAGUGUGCAUUGGUAAGUCAGAAUCACGAAAUGGUAUGAUCUGAUCUACCACAUAAUACCUCCUUGCUUAUUGCUAUUGUAUAUACUUAAGUUUUGAUGAGUGUUGACUAUGAUCAUGACUACUGAGAAAAAUAAAAUUAAUAAUUAAGUAUCUUUCUGUAUGAACUCUUAAACACAUCAAAAAAAAAAUAAUUCCAUAAGAAACAAGCCCCACUGAUAUUCUUUCGUAAAGGUGGAACUGGUACUGCUGCCUGUAGAUAUGAUAGUUCAAGACUUCCCAUUAUAAGACAGUUUUUUUUGUUGCUUAUAACUUUGCCAAAUUUUAACAUUCUUGGCUGAACCUAUCCAACCCAGCUGUCUGCCUGACUCUUUCUGUCUACCUACUAAAAUUGUUCUAAGAUGUUUCUAAGAUCACAUUAAGAUCCAAACAACACAUUUUGCCCCUGUUAUAAAUAUUCUUACAACUGUUUCAUUGAGAGGCUGUAGUGCUUCCACAUGUUGGAUCAAGAACUUGAAAUCUGGGCAGCGCAGUUUACCCCAGAGCAGGGAUGUGCCUUUGCCAUCCCCAGAAAAACUUACCCACAUUUGACCAAGUUAUAAGCCUUUGAAAAAUUGAAGUUUGUGCAUGCUCAGAGACUUCCUUGACAGCUAAAUUUUCUGAAGAUUCCAGCUGCGCUGAGCAUGCUCCAUUCCCUUCAAGCUCGUGUGUGACAACUGGACUGCAUAUAUGCCAUUUUCACAGAGCAACUGAGCAUGCUUCAACCCAAGGCUCGGAACAGGACUUUUCCUGCAAAUGCUGCUCCUGGCUGCUGGGGGUAAUUGUAACCCAUGGGCACGUGAACUGAAACCAGAGAGACGCUCCUGUGAUCUCAGUACUCCCAUUGCUGGCACCCAGGAAGUAUGGAGAAGUAGAAAAUGGCCAAAUUGGAAUGCACAGAAGUGGGAAAUGGGGGCAAGAAGGAAUGUGAGGGGGUUGCGGGAAGCAGAGGACGAAGGGGACAGGAGCCAGGGGACUGGAGUGUGGAUAGACUCAGAUGGAGAAUGAGCAUGAGCUGGGAUGGUGCACACAGGAGCAGAGGGAGACAGAGAGGCUAGGGGUAUAGGAGUAAGGGCAUAACCAUUGGAGAAUUUGGGACAUUUACCAGAUAGAGAACAGUGGUUUUGCUUCUCUGAUUUGAUUAAUAUAAAUGUUACGUUAAAACUUCUGGUUUUUAGUGUAGUGAUACAAAGGUAACAUUAACAACGGUGGACAUAUGGAGUGACGUAUGGACUUAAUAGCAGUUUAGAGCAAUUUGGGCAAGAAUACCAUGGCCCUAGCCUGAGAGGUUUUAAAUGAUGAAAUCACAGGUAUCAGCUUUAAAAAGAUUAAAGAAAAUAGUAUAUUUUUAUUUGCCAUGCAUGUCAAGCUCUCAAAAUCAAAUAAGAUAUUAUCUUUUUAAUAUAGACAGUACCUUAAUUAGGAAAUCAACUACUAUAACCCUUACUCUAUCUGAUCUAAACAAAGUUAUAUUUCCAUAACACGGGACAGCAGCUAAGAAACUAAGAGUGUUAAAAAUGUUGGAGAAUUGAAAGAUUUGCAGAAAGUACAACAGUGACUUCUUAUAACAAUCCAUAGUAAAUAGCAAGUGACAUCACCCCUUCUCAAUAAUCUGAGUUCUUAGUCAUUACUCACCUAAGUUGGGAAAACAAGGCAAGAUGCAUGCAAGGCUUCCAUUGACUUCAGUGGGACCUGUGCUGAGGCACUCCUGUAGAAUUUGGACCUUGUGGUGUAACUAAAAAAGUAUCUGUAUGAGCAAAGUUUCAAAAUUAGGGAAGUUGUAACCUAAAUGAUGCUUCUGUUCUCUCAGUUCCACCAAUUAAGAAAAAAAAUUGCAGUUCCUCACUCAGACUGACAGUUAAUGACACCAGUUGACUGGGAGGAUGCCCUGCCUGCUCUUGGGCCUCCCUCAGAGAGAGAGGCUAUGUUUACAAGCAACCUUUCAAAAGAAUUGGCUGUUCUAGUAUUUAACAUCUCAAUCAAAUGAACGUUACUGCUACUUCCUACUGCACUCCCACCCAUUGAUGUGUUCCUUCUUAAUUCUUCAUAUGGACCAACACAUACCUACUGUAAAUUUGCUCAAGAAAGGAAAUAUUGUUCACAUUUGGGCAAACAAGGAAAAUUUAAUUUUUAAUCAUAAUUGUUUAAAACUUUGCCACCUGUGGAAAUUUUAGGCCAUUGGUAAAGGGGCAUUUUUUUUUCAAGCAACAGCAUGUUGUUUUUAUAAAUGGGAGUUUUAUCUAAAGUCUAAUGUUUUGAGCAAGGGUCUAGCUGUCAAGAUUCCUGGGUUUUAUUCCUAACUAUGUCAGAAUCUAACCUUUAGCAAAUGACUAAUCUAUAUAAACAUCUCUAAAAUGUGCAUGCUAUUUACUGUAAAGGAGUGUUGAGGUCUAACAUUGUAAUGCUUGUGAGAUCUGUGGAUGGAAGAUGCUAUAUCUCAUUUUGUCUGAAGUGAGAAGUAGCAUCUUUUUUUCCUUAUCCCAAAGGCUGCUGUGUCUUGUCAGAUAAAUUUGUCAAAUUUUCAUAGCUUACCAAUUGAGCACCUUUCAUUUACCUAAGCAGUAAAUUAAAUUUAUUUGAGCAUUCGUUAAAUUUGUUUAACUUGUGUGUUAUUGCACUCUGAUUGUUUGCAAGGUCUAUUUUAAAAUAUAUAUUUAUAGGGCCAAAUUCACUAGUGCAUUCUGGCUACUAUAUGCCGUUCAAGCAAUACAAAGCAGCUGAAAAUCUGGUGUAACUGACCACUUAAAUUGGGUUUGCAGCUGCUUUGCGUUGCCAGAGUGACGUACAAUGGCACAAUCGUACUAAUGAAUUUCGACUAGAGUGAAGGCUGUAUUUUUUUGCCAUGAGGGAGUUAUAGGUUUUUAACAUUAUAUCCAUGAUUUCUGAGGCUUGUGGAUAGAUGGAUGUAACAAUGAACAGUUGAAUCAAUUUUACUAAGAACUUGGAGUUAUCAAAUUUAAAACUUCAUCUGCAAAGGGAGGUAGAAACGGAUGGAAAUCCAGUACUAUCGAGGAAUCUGUACAGUGCUGCUGUCCCUGCUGCCUUUGCAGAGACAAGCAAAUUGUGCCAUAAAGGCAGGAUUUAGAGUCUCUUGCCAUCUUUCCAUGCUACUUCUGUGCACUGAGGGCCUGAUCUUGUGCCAUUUAAAUCAGUAGACGUUUUAUUGUUGACUUCAGUCGGAGCAAGGUUGGGGCUCUAGUGGGCAAGCAAGGGGAAAUGGUUCUAAAUGGGUUUUACUCUUCUGUCAUGUUUCUAUAAACACUUAUGCAUAUGCUAAGCUUCAUUACUCUGAAUUUCCCCACUGGGACUGCUCAAAGCCGUAAAGUUAAACAUAGGCAUAAGUGUUGCCAAGAUUAGGACCUAAAUCACGUUUCAGUGUGUUUAAAUUGACAUUUUGUGACAAAAGACAUGAAUUUGUCUUUUUGCCUCUUAUUCAGUGAGCAGACUGACUUUUGUAUCAUUUAUUAUGGCAGAGCACUAGCCUCAGCGCUUUAUAUAAGGAGUUAGUAAACUAAAACUGUCACCAUUGCAAACAUCUAAAAUAGUAAAAGUAACUAAGAAGACAUAAAAUAUGAAGAAAUACUAGUUAUCAGAUAUUGCCUAAUGUAAUUCCAAUCAUGAAUUAGAAAGCCACAAACCAUAAGUAUAAAUGUAACCUGUUUACAUAUGGUACAUGGAUAUCAUCUUCCUCUGUUAUCAUUAGGUGGUAAUAUUGAUUAAAUGUUCUCAUUGAAUUUCUUGUUUUAACACUUCUUGGAGGUAAAUUUUGAAAAGCACUGAAAGCAGAAUACUCAUGGUGGGAUAAAUUACAAUUUUUUUCUGUGAACUUUGCCUUGAUUCACAGCUCAUGCAGUAUGUAGAACUUCAUGACAAAUAAAGGAAGGAAGGACUGAAGAGUUCUGUUUGUUUAUAUGAACAUGUCCCUUUAGCUUUUACUGUGAAGUUGUACAAAAGCCAAAGCAAAUUCCAAUCUUGCACUGUUGUAGAUUAGGAAUAACUCCAUUGUAGUUAAUGGAGUUACUUCCAUGUAAAACUAGUAAACGAUAUCAGAUUCAAAACCCCUGUGUUACCCACAAGGCUAUAAUAAUGGCAAACUAAGGAUCUAAAAUAUUAGGCCUGAUUGUGCUCUUAUAUUGUGUAAUUGAUUUCAGCGGAGUCACACCAGUGUGAGAACAUAAUCAGUCUCCUUUUGUCUUUGUUUUGUGUUCUCUAGUAUUUUUUCCUGUAUGUCCUUAAUGUCCAUAUGUAAAUAUACAUGUUUAACUUGUAUUUUCAAAGCAGUGAAAUAAUGUGCUAGUAACUAAGAAGUUUUCAUUAUCCUAUCCUGUGACCAACAAAAUGGAGUCUUCAUGUCUCAGGCUGUUUUUGUUUCUGUAAAGAGUUCUUCUGCUUCUUUGUUGUUGGUUGUUGAUAUAGCACUAUAUGUCUGUGUUCACAAUAUCUAUACAAAAGUCUCUAUUUAAAAAGUCAGCACUUAAAAUUACUGCACCACAGUAUAUGAAAAAAUUGUGGUAUCUCAGGCAACAUAAUGUAGUAGCUAUUGGUGAAUGCUGCGUAUUUUCCUCAAGUUAGUUUUAAGCUUUAGUUAUGCAGCCCUAUUCCCAUAUAGGAAAGAAAAUUGCUUUAGUUGGCUAAUUUGAGAAACCAGUUAUAGACUUUCCAGAAGAUUAUACUUACUGAAGAUGAUUCUUAAAGGGUGCAACUAAUUAAGCUGUGCCAGUUGGUUCCAAUGUGGUAUUUGUUGUGUCUGCAUUAUAAAUGCUGAAUCCAACUUUGCACAGUGUAGAGAAAUUUCUCAUUGUGUCACUAAUGAAAUCAAAAAGUACUGUUCACAAGAUUCUAGAAAAAUGUCAUCAGAGACAUUAGAUCUUUGUUUUAGUUCUGUAACAUGAACUUAAUAUUAAGUGAGCAACUGUAUGAAGAGCUGUAUUUGUUUCAGUUUCCAGAAAAACUAGAGUAACUUUCUUUUGUUACACAGUUGACCAAUCAGCACAACAGCUCCUUCUAGUACGUUAAUAAAAACAGCAUUAAAUUGAAUUCUGGUUCUGUCUGACUUGAAUGAUCUGGAUGCUUUCUGAUGAUAAUGUUAUCUCUUAUGAAUGUCUGCACAAUGUCCAUAUUUAUUGUAUUGUCCACAUGGAGUAACUUACUAAGUUUUGAGCACGUGUAGGUAGCUCUCCUUUCUUCUUUGCAUAAUGAUGCUAAUAUAUCAGAAUUAUUGUUCAAAGUAUAACCAUUUUCAUUGCUAAAUGUGAGCAACAUAAGUUAUAAAAGUGUCUUCCAACCACUAAAGUGUUCUUGUAUCAGCAGCUUUAUGUUCUAUCAAGCAUUUUUUAUGACUGAAAUAAAAGCAAAACACUGUCACAUAAACAGA